AUGUAUGUAACGAUAUUUAUGUGCCAAGUCUCUUUUUUCGAAUCAGUCUAUGGGUCUCUCAUUCGCGUACACAUGCAUUGCGAUUCAAAAUUGACAAUUCAACACACUCGAUUUUACGUCGAAAUCAUACACUCAAUCGCCGCAUCGUCUCCUCUCCUCUGGCUCUCUUUCGUGCUAUCUCGUUUUCACUCGUUUUGGGUUGCUCUCUGUGUGUGCACGGUGUACACACAUCCGCACACACAUAUUUCUGUUCGUGGUGCCGAACUACCGCACCGUGCUACGAAUGUUUGUACUAAUAAUAACGUACCGAUUAUUACAUAUUUACAUAUAUGAACGAAAAAAAGACUUGUUAUCAUAUUUAAUUCGACAGAGAGUCCCAAUACACUCUGACGAAAAUGCUUGCCAUUUUUUGCUGCUGCUGCUGUUGAUAUUGUUGUUGUUCGUUCGCCUUGCUUUCGGUGUGUUGCUCUGAGGUUUGUUUUUCUGUUUUGAUGAGAAACGACCGUUUUGUUGACGACAGCGAGUUUUGCUCCAUCUAUUCCAUUUUUCUUUAAGGAAAAACACUGUUUGGAAGCCUUCCAUUAAACGCCAGAGCAAAAAAAAAAGGGCAUGAUACAUUAUCAAUGGUCAAAUGCGACUUAUUGUCCAUAUCAUUCAUCAUUGAAGAUUUCAUGUGCAUGUGAAGCACAAAGCAAGAAAAACUCAAUAAAUAAAUGAAUAAUGAUAUUCUUUUUUCCUCUUCUUUUUUUCGGUAUGAGUGUGUAUGUCGUUUCGCAUCGAUUGGUAUGGAUUCAUAUUUGCGAAUGGAACAAAAAUGCGAGAGUGCAAAGGAGAGAGAAAAAAAGAAUAAUAAACAAGUUUGAAAACAUGUGUUUUCAUUACUCAUCGCACAAUCCCAUACUCACAUAAGCGCUCGAACAGCGCAAUUCUGCGAAUGACAGAUCGCUCAAAUGCCCCAUUCAUAACAUUGUUGAUUGCUGUUGUUCGCGUUUAGCGAGUUAGUUCAGCUGGCUUCCACCAGAGUCAAUCGGUACCCCGAUUUAUUUAUUUUCUCUCUCUCUCUCUCUCUCUCUCUCUCAUUGUUCACUUCUCGUUCAUAUCGUUUUGCGGUGUGUUUUGUUGUUUGUUUUUAUCCAAAAUAACAAUUGAAAACGUCAUUCUACGUUUUUCAUUCGACAACAUUUGAAAUCGCGGUUCGUGAUCAAAGACACGGGUCGAAUGAGCGAGUGAGAAAGAGAGAGAGAGAUAGAGAGAGAGAGAGAGAGAGAGAGAGAGAGAGAGAGAGAGAGAGAGAAAAGCAAAACUACGUCAAGUUGAAAACAAUUAAAUGAAUGAAUUGAACAAUUUACAAUGAACGAAAUUGGAAUCGGAAUUGAAAUACUCGAAAUAACACAGAAAACCAUAUAAAAAGCGUGAUAAAAAUUUCAUGACAACCGGUACGCUUGGUUUUGACAGUUCACAUCCACUUGAGUGUAUUCUCUCCAUUGUCAAAAUUGAAUCGCUUGUUGUUUGCUUCGUGCGUUUCAUAAAGAGAAAAAAGACAAAACGAACUUGGCUGUCAAAACCCGAAUACAAGUUAAAUUGAAACGUUGAGAAUGGUGGACAAUGUGCAGCAUAUCAUUUUGGUGAAAUCAGUAAAAGGCGGCGUUGGAAAAUCAACUGUAAGCACACAGUUGGCCUUAUCACUAUGGGAAUCCGGCUUGCGGGUCGGUAUUUUGGAUACAGAUAUUUGCGGUCCCAGCAUUCCAUACUUACUGAAUGUGGAAAAUAACAGCGUGUAUCAGAGUGAGUCCGGAAAAUGGGUGCCGAUUUUUAAAGGCGAUGACAAGCGUCUGGCCAUCAUGUCCAUUGGAUUCCUAUUGAAUUCCAGAGAUGAUCCAAUCAUUUGGCGUGGCCCUAAGAAAACAUCAAUGAUUCGACAAUUCAUUAACGACAUUGAAUGGGGCGAUUUGGAUUAUUUAAUUGUUGAUACACCGCCCGGUACAUCUGACGAGCAUAUCACCAUCAUGGAAUGCAUGAAUGAAAUCACCGGUAAAUGUGACGGUGCCGUGAUUGUGACCACACCACAGGAAGUUUCACUCGAAGAUGUACGCAAAGAGAUUACAUUCUGUAAAAAGACCAAAAUCCAAAUUCUCGGUAUCAUUGAGAAUAUGAACGGGUUCACCUGUCCAAAUUGCUCCGAAUGCACACCGAUCUUUUCAUCUGAUGGUGGAAAAGCACUGGCCAGUUAUGCAAAUAUCCCAAUUUGGGGCACACUUCCGAUUGAUCCACGUGUAGGUACAUUGUCUAGGAAUACACAAUCAGUGCUGAGCGGAUUAUCAAAUUCAACAUUUGCUGACGUUUUCAAUGACAUAGUCAAGAAUAAAAUAAUCAAAUCGUAAUUUAUGUUCAGAACAACGUCGUUAUCAUUACCAAAAGAUAAAGCCACAAAUGAAUUGAA